GAGCUUUCCAACCUCCAUCAUCGGCUCCGUGGGAGCAUCUGCUUCCCUUUUCCUCUGAGAGCUUUAAGUGCAUCAAUGAAUGAACUGUUGAGGGCCAUAUUGCUUGCAUUGCUGCCAUAACUACCCUCCUCUUCCGCGAUAGGUAUGGCGGUGUAAGUUGUUGAUGUUGGCAGACCCGGCGCCGAAUUCGACGACCCGCGAUGGCGGUCCCGGAUCCAGACGUCGCUGGCGACCCUGUGGCAGACGCCUUCCUCGAGCAGUCGUACCUCACAUACAUCAUUCCGUUUGCGACAGAAUUCAACCCUGAGGAUGCCCUCCGGUCAGGCACGGGUUCGAUAGAGAGCAAGAUCGCCGGCAUCGAGCAACGCGAGCAGCUGUUCUUUGAUGAAACAAUCGACGUGUACUUCAUUCUCCGUGCUCCCUACGCCGACGACCACACCCUCCGCUCGCACCUGCGCCGCCUCGUCAUCACCCUCGAUGCCCACAUCGUCAACGGCGUUGCGCCGGACCGGGACGGCCCCCCGGCGUCGGAAAUCAUCUACAAUGGCGCGAUUGAGGACGUGGAACAGGCGCUUGUGGCCGCCGAUGAGCCGCCGGAAGAUGGCCAACGGCAUGUCUAUGCCGUCUGGAAGCUUCCGGUUUUCCUUGCCCGCCCCAGGAUGAGACUGCAGCUGCCAUCAGUUGUUCUCUCUGGCGUCGCCAGUUUCAAACUGAGCUCUGCGACGUCUGAGCAGGUUAGCGGUGUGCGCGAGGGAUAUAUGCAAAGCUGCACACCAUCCGGGAUGAACCUUCUCGAGUCGUUUGCGGACGACCCGUUCCUGGGCGGCGUCGUGCCUCGGCUCUCCGCCCAGAGGGUGUCGAAGGUGGCACCCCUGACGCGGCCGAAGGACGCACUGCACCGCAUUAGUGGGCUGCAGCAGCUCAAGCUCAAGAUAUAUCCGGUCCUGCACACUCGGGUUCGCUUCUCUCGUCCCAAUACCGCGCCGCCGAGUGCAUCCAUGAUAGCCCUCCUCGAUGUCGACUUCACCCCGUAUUUCGACUGCGAAGUCGCCUUGAACAAAAUCACUCUCAGUCUCGCGAACGGCACCGUCGAGGACCUUAACUGCCAAGACGGCAUGAACCUGCCCCUGAGCUGCGUGGCCCACGAUCACCUUACCUUCCUCUACAAGCUUGCGCCCCAGCAGCUCGACGUCGCCAGCAAGAACCUGGCUCGUGACCUCCUCAUCACUAUCGAGGUGCUCGUCCUCGUCCGCCCCGAGAACGGACCAAACGCCUGCAUACCCCGCCUGGUCAUGGCAUGGACCACCGCCCUCGACUUCACCCCCCCAGUCAACCCGGGCUUCGGCCAGCCCAAAACCCAACCGAUCCAGCGCUCGCACCGGCCCAGCCAGCUCUCCAUAAGCGGCGGCGUCGACUCGCAGCCGCUCGUCUCGCCCUCCGUCAUGCGCCCGGACGCGCUGCCCUCUCUGGAAGCCGCCACCGCGCGGCCCGUCGAGUCCGCCCUUCCCGACUUCGGCAUCACCAUGACCUUCACCGGCCCGUCCAAACCCGUCCCGCUGGGGGAGGAAUUCACAUGGACCGUCUUCGUCGUCAACCGCAGCAGGGCAGACGCCGCCUCCGCGCCGCCACCACAUCCAGCUCACGCAGUCUCAGCAGCAGCAGCAGCAGCGCGCAAGCUGAUGCUCGUGCCCAUCCCGCGCCGCCGCCGGAACGAGCUGCGGGUCAUCCGCCCGCCCUCGACGGCCGGCCUGCCGGGGUCUGGACCGGGCUCGGGGGCCGCCGCGUCCUCCAAGCGCGACCCGCUGAUCGCCGACGCCGUCCUCGACGAGAGCGUCGUGCACGCCAUGCAGCGUAGCAGCGUCGUCGACGCCGCCGAGCUCGUGUGCCUGUCCGCCGACGUGCGCGUCGGGCCCCUGGCCCCGAACGCCUGCGCCGCCGUGGAGCUGCGCUUCCUGCCGCUGCGCGAGGGCGUCGUGGGCUUGGAGGCCGUCAGGGUGGUGGAUCUGGGGAGCCAGGAGCAUGUGGAUGUGAGGGAUCUGCCGCUGGUUGUUGUUGUUCCUGCUGGGGGCAGGGACGGGGAGGAGGGUGCGUAGCGGGUUGGGGGGCACGCGGGGGUAUUUAGGUCGGAGGCGGGAUAAUAUUACCGUCAGUCAGCUCACGAGCAUUUAUUUGCCUGUUCGUGUCGUUCAUUCCACUCGUGG